CAUCUCUCCUGCAUAGCUAGAUCCAGAUCCAGAUCCAGAGCCAGAUUUCUCGACCAUGGCGGGGAACGAGCCCUCCACCAUCCAAUGGAUCCAGUCCCUCCUGGAACCGGGACAGCUCUUGCUGUAUGGCUUGUCCUACUAUAUCCGGGUGAACCUGGAAGCUGUGUUCAAGAAGGGACAGCUGCUUGCUCCCAUUCUGCAAACUGGGAGACUGCGCGAUGAGGCGUUUGGGCGGUUUUGGAUUGCUUUCAGUUCAUCCCGCCCGGACCCCAAAUCUGAAUCUCAAUCCCAAUCCCAACCCCAACAUACUCCCCCUCCCCUCGCCCCACCCCCUCAAAUCACCUGCUCCUCAGACCUCAUCCCCUCCAUCCUGGCCCACGCAUCCGGCCUCGUACUGGACGUCGGCCCAGGCACAGGAACCCAACUGCCCUUGCUGCGCUCACCUGCUAUCAAAACCAUUUACGGCGCGGAGCCCUGUCUCGGUCUGCAUGAUGAGCUGCGCCAGAGGGCGAGAACAGAGGGUCUUGCUGAGAAGUAUCGCGUGCUGGGGUGUAGUGUUGCCGCUGAGGAGCUUGUUCCUGCUCUUGCCAAGGAAGGUCUUCCUGUGGAAGGUGGGGAAGGUAAAGACAGAGGAGUCUUCGACUCCAUCAUCUGCGUGCGCGUCCUCUGCUCUGUGCCUAAUCUCAACCGCACUGCCAAAGACUUGUACUCGCUUCUCAAACCGGGCGGGAAGUUGCUUGUCGUGGAGCAUGUCGUUAAUCUCUGGAGGAGCAGUAAGGGCUCCCUCGUGGCGAGGAUAGCUCAAGCUGUGUAUGGAUUGCUUGGUUGGAGCUGGUUUAUUGGGAGUUGUUGUCUUGAUCGUGAUACCGAGGCUGCGUUGAGGGAGGCGGCUGCUGCGGAUGGCGGGUGGGAGGUUGGUGAUUUGGAUCGGCAUUUUGGGAGCGGGCCGUUGCCUUAUGUUUCCGGGGUGUUGGUUAAGAGGUCUUGAUCUAUCGUUUUGGUUCUGGACUGACUAUUUGGUUGUUGGUUGAUCCAUCCAUUGAUAGGGUAGAUGGGGUACUUGUGUAUAGAGUUGUUGAGAUCGCAUUGGCAACACUACGGUUGUAGAGGUACACUCUACCUAUUAGAUUUGAUUCCAUGAACCAGUCAACAUCAACAUCAAC